GGUAAAGAGAGAAUCUUUUCUGCCCAUUCAGAGACCGUUCACGUGUAAUCCUCUCCUUGGGCAGCAAAGGUGCAUCGGCACAUACCAGACAUCGUCAACCCAAUGAUAUUGCUGGAUACGAAGCCGACAAGUCCAACCAUGAGUGAAUCCUGGAAUCCUGGAUCCUUGAACGUCUUCGUCACUUUAACCUGUUUGUGUUAACUUUGCAUUUGCUCAUAACCUUUCCAUUCCAACCUUCAUAUCCUCCCCAAAAAGUCAAAUCUCGAAAUUCCACAUCCUCGAAAGAAUUAUCCACCGUCUCCUUUUUUCCUAAAAAAAGAACUUUAAUCAUGAGUUCUCGAACCUUAACAUAAGAAUUAUAUUCCAGCCUCCUUAUUUUCAUCCCGUGAAAAUUUUAUACUUUUCACCUCCGGAAACCAACGUCUUUUGGUUUGGUUUGACUUGAUUGACAUUGAUACUUGUUGCUUGGGUUUACCAUACACCCACCACGUUUUUGAUCACUUAAGCGGGGUACGAGUUCACCAUCGCAAUCAACUGAAUCGUUUCGCAUAAUCCAUCCCUCAGCUGAACAACAACUUCUCGAACUGCUCAGCCUUUCAACCAUCUAAACCCAAUUUUCACGCCAUUCUUUUUGAUUUUUUCGGAACCAAAAUUCGAGAAAUCAUGUCUAGAAUGGGUGAUCCAUACCGAAAUUCCUCGGAAACCCUAAGCAGCCGUGGCGGUGGGGGGAACCGUUGGGACACUGAGCGGUUCGCCUCGGAGCGCGACCGAGUCCGUUUUGCAGCAGACCGAGAAGAGCGAGAUUCACGAUUUCUCAGAGCUACAGGUGGUGGCGGUCAUACACGAGAACGAUCUUACGAUGACGUUUAUGAACGUCGAGGGCCACGAGGAUACGAAGAGGAGCGAGAACAUUAUGACGAACGAGAUUAUUACGAUUCACCCAGACUUCAACGAGAGCGAGAACCAGAACUAGGACGACAAAGAUCUACAACUAUUACAAUGGAAAGAGAGCGAGAGAGGGAAAGAGAUGAUUCUCCACCUCCUCGAAGAGCUGGUGGCAGACCCGCAUUUUUGAGAAGACAGAGCUCCCUGGAUACAUUUGACCGCAAGCCUUUGGUUAGGUAUGAGCGAGAAGCGGAGAGGUUGAGGGAUGAAUAUGGUCCACCUGCCAGACGCCCAGAUGUUAGACCACCACCUUUGACACCUGUUCCACUACCAAGAGCUAGAGGACUGCCCCCACCCAGAAGAUAUGCCGAGAGAGAUUACGAUGAGAUCAAGGUCGCGGAACCCGACUUCUAUGGUGAUGAAGAUUUCAGAGCCUAUCCCGAAAGAAUUAGAGAAAGAGAAAUCGUCAGACGAAGGAGAAGGAGUCACGAGAGAAGAGGUAGCCAUGAAAGAAGAAGCCACAGAAGUCAUAGCAAGGAGAGCCGUUCGACCGCCACAAGAAGCGUUAGAAGCGAGAGUGUUAGCUCAUCUGAUAGUGGCACUACGAUAUCAGUAAGAAGUGAGUUCCCUAAGAAGGGAAAGACAAGAAUGCCAGCUAGGUUGGUCAGCAAGAAAGCUAUCAUCGAUUUGGAUUAUCCUUUCGAAGAAGAGGGUGACACAAUCAUCAUUCAAAAGGCACUUGGAAGAGAAAAUAUUGAUGAGGUUAUCAAGUUGAGUGAGGAAUAUAAAGCAGCUGAGAAAGUCAAUGUCAAAAAGACGAAAGAGCUAGAGACAACUCUAACAACAUACCUUAUUGCUCCAGAACUCGAAAUGUCAGGUGGUCGAUCAGAAGCUGGAACCGUGAUCGAAGAACGUACAGAAGUCUUCACCAUUCCACCACCUCCACCACCAAUAGUACAUCACGCUCCUCCGCCUCCUCCAUCGGUUGUACACCAUGUCCCUCCGCCUCCUCCAUCAGUUGUACACCAUGCUCCUCCACCUCCUCCAUCCGUACACUACCCGCCUCCUCCAGAGUCAGUUCAUUAUCCACCUCCUCCACCAGAGUCAGUUCAUUAUCCGCCUCCUCCACCAGAGUCAGUUCACUAUCCACCUCCUCCGCCAGAGUCAGUUCACUAUGGCCAUCCACCCCCAGCUCAUUGGGCACCACCUCCCGCAUCAGUCGUAUAUGCGCCACCACCUCAGCCAGUUAUAUACGCACCACCACCACCACCACCUCAACAAAAUGUUGAGAUUCACGAAUCCACCAAGAUUGUCGAACGUUCUCCAUCUCCAGCACGAAGCGCAUACUCUCAUCAUAGCCACCAUAGCCACCAUAGCCACCAUACUCAUCACCAUAAUGAUCCCGUCAUUUUGGAAGGACGCCCUAGAUCGCGAGACGAAGAAAGCGUCUUUUACGAAAAGCGGGAAAUUAUUGAACGUACAGAACCUAUCGGUGCAAUGACUUUAUCACACUCUCAUAGUCAUCGUAAAGAUGAACGCUCGAUUCGAGCUGAAAUUAAAGCUCUCGAGGCUGAGAAGGAAGCUCUCAAAGCAGAUCGACGGGCUAACCGCGAGUUACGUCGCGCGGAGCGUCUUCGCCGCUCAGGGGCAAGACAUAGCGACAGCCAGUUGGUACUCUAUGAAGAUGAAAUCCACGACGGCAGAGAUGUGACCAUCGUGAGAAGGGAAAGAAUUGUGGAGCCUGAGGGAGGUGUUAGGAUCGAAAAGGACCGAAAAGGUAGGAUGAGCAUCAGUGUUCCUAAACAUGCCUAUCGUUAGGUGUCUUGCCUGAAUGAGCUCCUCCACCAAAAUUGGUUAGAGCCAUGUUGGCUACCUUGACUUAAUUCCUACCUUUUGACAAUAAAUACCUUUGCUUUACAUCACGCGUUUCGAGCGUCAAUUGAGCCGGGAUAGAUUAAUGAAUGGCGUUGACAAAGUAUCUUAUGGCUGGCUGGACGGAGCUCGUUGGUUUCACACAGGCAGAAAUUGUACUUUUUCUUAUUUACUUUUUGAAGUUUUUUUCACGGCAUGGCUAUCUAGACUGUAUCUGACAUGAAGAGGGAUUUAUGGGAGGGAUACUGGAUAUGGAAAUGGUUCAUGCGACGAUGACAUCUACAGCUGCGACUUUACGCUUCAUUUCUCUUCAAUUUUUUUAGUUUGAAGAUACAUUAUUUAGGAUACCGAUACGCACAGCUUUUGCACUUUCUUCCUCUUUCUCUUCUCUUCUUUCUUUUGGUGCUGAACACGUACGCAUUUUGCACGUUUCAAUGAAGUUACGAAAUAUCUUUUCUUUGGUAAUUGGUUUGUUGAUGAAUGGGUGGGUAGGUGGCUGGGCAAUUGGGGCUGAUGUGAUAGCAUUCUACCUGGUUGUUGAAUGGAUGAAUGGACGGAUAAAUAGAAAACAUGGAAAGUGAGGGAGGGAUACUUGAGCUAGCAAUAGGGAGAUAGAUAGGAUACAAUAUUAUGAUUAUGAAAUUGAUGGUUGGAAUGCUUUCUUUCUGCUAUGUGCGUUUCUGAUGAGCUGGACUGAGUAUCGCGGGAUGGUAGGAGAUGGGAGAGGAGCUUGUUGGGAUAUCUGUUGUUGGUUGUGCGGAUGGGUACCUAGGUAGGUGUAUAUGGAUGGUGUUGUUAAGAUGCUUAGAUGAGCCAUAAGAGUCCUCGCAAAAGAAGUUGAAUGAAACGAAAUAGGAAAUCCAAUAUAUAUAUAAUAUCAGUCCA